AUGUCAACAUGGAUAAACAAAAAGUUCUUAUCGCUUUCCGAAAAGGUUAUUGAAAAUGUGAUUGAUUCUUUUACAAACAAAAAUACGCAUUUAGAAAACAUCCAAAACAUUCAGGAGACACAACUUGGAAAAAUAAUCAGCAAAGUUAUCUCAUCAAAAUAUUUUUUCAAAAAUGAUGACAUAUGCUAUAAUGCAAAAGAGUUAGGAUUUAAGUGGGAGGUCAAAAAAAAACGGAAAAAAAUCCGAAUAAAAAAAAAGAGAGAGAGAAAAAAGGAAAAUUGUAAAAAUAAUAAUACACUUGAAAAGGAAGACCUCGCAAAUUUUAAUAAUGUAUAUAACUACAUAUACAACAAUAAUGAAAAUGAAAUAGGUAGAACCCAGAUUAAUAUAGAUAAAAUACAUCAGUCUAAUUUAACCAAUUUAGAUAAAGAUUCCCAUAUUGAUAUUGGGUACACUAAUAAAUGUGAUGAAAAUACAAAAAGUUUAAAUUCACAGUCAGAAAAUAAUAACACAUAUAGCCAAAAUCUUUCGGCAUAUUAUCAAUAUAAAAUUAAAGAGUUUGAAAAAAAAAAAAAUGAAACUAUAAAUGAUAGUAAUCAAAAUAUUAGUAAUGAUGGUAAAAAUAAAAUAUUUCAUGAGACAUCAAAUUUAGAGUCAAACCAUUUUGCAAAAAUGGAUAAUGAGAUGGCUAGCGAAAAAAAUAGUGACGAAAGUGACUCAUCAACAUCUGUUGAUUUUUUAGAAUGUUUAUCUAUAAAUAAACAUGAACCAUAUAAUAGUAAUUCCUCUAAUUUAGGGACAUCACCCUAUGUGUCAUCAAAAAAUGAUGAAGGUGUUUCAUCUGAACUGUCGAAAAUACAUAGCCAAUCAUUUAAUUCAAACAUUUUUAAUGAAGACAAUAAAAAUUACAUUAUUUCAAAACCUAGUAACUUAUGUAAAAUGAAUUUAUUUAUAAAAGAAGCAAAACUUUUAUUUUACAACAAAACAACAAACAUUAAUAAUUUGAGUAUAUAUUGUACAACGAUAAUUGAAAAAAAGAAAUAUGUUGGACAACCAAGACGAUUAAGUUUUAAAACAUUGCCUAUUAAUAAUUUAAUAAUUAAUGAAUAUAUAAACCAUGGUGUUAAAGAUAUAUAUUCUGAUAUUGUUAUAAAUAUAAAAUAUAAAAAUAAUGCAAAAAAUAAAAAUAAAAAUAAAAAGAAUGGAAAAGAUGACAUAACAAUAGGAAGAAUAAUUAUUCCUUUAUUUUUACUUUUAAAUACAUAUAGAUGUAAAAUAAAAAAAAUAAAAAAUAAAAUGAGAUAUUGUACAAAAUGCUUUCUUUGGUUACACAUAUUUCCAUGUAAUAAUAAAUUAUUUAAUUAUAAAUUUUUUAAACCUGUUCAAGGAUUUGAAGAAUAUGGAAUGAUAAAUCCAAUGUCUACAUUGGGUUUUUUAAAUAUUAAAAUAAAAAUAGUUUUUAAAAAAAAUCCAUUAUUAUUAACAUUAUAUAGUAAUAUUAGAAAGCCAUUAUUUUAUUAUAAAUUACCUCAACAAUUUGAACCUUUAUAUUGCCAAUAUUAUACUGAAAAUUUUUUUGUAUAUAUAAAAAGUUUACCUUUAUGGGUUUAUAAAUUUUUUUAUAUUUUUAAUCCUAACUGUGUAAAUCUAAUUCAAUUAAAUUGUUAUGAUUAUAUAUUUGUUUCACUUUUUUGGUUGUAUUUUUUCCGAUUAAUUGUGUUUUCUCCUUUCUUUCAUUUUUUUAUUCAUGUAUUUUUUUGUAUGUUAUUUAUAUCUUUAUCUUAUAAAUAUGGGCACACACAAAACCGAGAUCAAAAUUAUUCUCGUUAUAAUUUUAGACCUAUCAAUAUAAAGGAACAAAAUAAAAGGAAUGCUACUGAUGAAAAAAGAAGUUUAUCAUUUUUACAAGAAACAAAAAAUAUACAAUUCUAUGAAAAAAAAGUUGGAGGUGUUUUAGAAUCAAUGAAUGAUUUAGAUUUUGAUUAUUGUAAAUGUCCAGAAAUGUUAGGAACACCUGAUGGAAUUAAUGCUCCAGGUUUAGAUCUCACAUCUUCUCUUCCUGGGUCUGUUGAUCAAAGUGAUGAAAAUGUAUUGGAUUCUGGUUUUAAUCAAAACUAUGUAGUACCAAAUGAAAUAAAACAAAAGGAAAAUUUAAAUGGUCUAAAUAGUGACAAUGAUGAAUCUAACAGUUUAAGUAUACCUAAUUUCUCUUCUGGGUUUAAUAAAAUUACAAUUUCCCCACCCAAAGCUGCAGGCAUAAGUAUUGAAGAAAAUUGUUUUGAAAAAGAGAAUCCAAAUAUAGAUAGUAACAAAAAUAAAUACGAUUUUGAGAGUGAUUUAAAAUGUAAUAAACUAGAAGUAGAUUAUAGAGAGGUAGAUGAAACAAAAGAAGAAAAUGAAGAGGUAGAUAGUAAAAAAAAAAUAAAUAAUGUUGCAGACUUUGCUAAAAAAAUACAAAAUAUGGUAAUCGAUGGAACAAAAACAAAUACAAUAAAUAUGAACAAUUGGAAUGCAAAUAUGAAUAAAUUUAUUAAUUUAUUUACAAAAAAAGAUGAUACUCAAAAUGUAGAGAUACCCAAAAGUGAUGAUGAUAAUUCAGAAUAUGGAGAUAAAGUUAAUGAAAAAUAUAAACAAAAUAUAUUUGUCUUAGAUAAAAAUAAAGACAAUGUAAAUGAUAAAAAAAAUGUUUAUCUUUUAUAUGACUCUAGUAGUAAUACAGCAAAUAAAUAUGUAAUAAACUCGUCUCGAAAUAGUAAGCAUGAUGAACAUGAUGGUUAUCAAGUUGAAAACAAUAGUGACAUGAAUACUACCAGUGAUUGUGGUUAUUUUGUAAAUAGCGAGCUAAAUGAAAAUAAUAAAGAAAAGUGUAAAAAAAUAGAGGACCCUCUUUCUGAACAUGGGCAAAAAUCAGUGAAAAAAAAUGAUUUUGAAAAAAAUUAUGCAACCCCAUUAUUUGAUACAUCUGAUAAUCCAUUUAUGCCAUCAAAUAAUUUAUUAGAAUCACGAUUUUUAAAAAAAAAUGCAUUAUUAGAUGUAUUUAAAAAUAACAAUGAUAAUACAGGAAAUGAUAAUAAAAAUGAAUCUGAUUUAAAAAAAAAAACAAAAGUUAGACAAAUUGUUAAAUCACCAUUUCAUAAUUUUCAUUUAUCUAUAAAAUCAGCUGAAAAUAAAGAUGUAUCAAUAUUUUCAAAUAAUAUAGGAGUACCAAAUAUUCAACUUUUGCUUAGUAGAUUUAUUAUACUUAUAACAUGUGCACAAACAUUUACUGGUAUUUUUACUAUGAUAUAUGAAAAAACAAAUUAUGCUUUAAAUUGGGAUUUUAAUUUUUAUACAAUUAAUAAUAUUAUUAUUUUAUUUAUUUUAUGUUAUAGUAUAUCUUUUAUUUUGUAUAUAUUGUCUUUUAUUCCUUUUUCUAUUUAUCGAUUUAUUUUUUUUAUCAUAAUAUCGAUUUUAAUUAUUAAAAGUUAUGAGCUGACUGACGAAGGACGAAGAGCUAGAUUAUAUUUUAAAAACAAAAAAAAUAAAAAAAAAUAUUUAAAUAUACUUAAAAAGGUUGUAGCCAAAACUAUUAUACAUAUACUAAAAGGAAGACAGAAAAAUUGUGUAGAAGGAAUUUUAAAUCUUUGUAAAAUAAUUUACAGUUUUAUUUUCAAUUCAAUCAUGUAUACCAAGUUUAUUAUGUUUUUUUUAAAAAAUUGGAUAACUAGAUUGUUAAUACUAAAAGAUAUUGAACAUAUAAAAAUAGCUAGACUUCAAGCAUUUAAAAAUUUAUAUUUUUUUAUACACAACCGGAUGGUUGAUAGACAAAAUCUAUUAAUUACAGAAGAUAGUAAUAAUAUAAAAAACAUUGAAAGUGUGCAAUAUUCAAAUAAUUCAAAUCAAACAAAAGGACUUGAAAAUUACAAAAAAAAUACAGAAGAUGAAAAUGAAGGAGGACAAAAAGAUAAUAUAUUAUCAAAUAUUAUAGGAAAUAAAAAACAUAGUAAAAAUAUCUUGAGAAAUCCAAUGUAUGAAAAUUAUAAAAAUAUUGAUUUAUGUAUAUAUUCAUCUAGCGAAAAUGAUAAUAAUAGUUUAGCUAGCCAAUAUAUUAAUGAACAUAACAAAAAUAAUAAUAAUUUGGAAAACUUUAAAGAUGAAAUGAAUUUAGAUUAUGAUGAUAAUAUUUCUAUAAGUCAAAUGACAGAUAAUGGAAAUAUGAAUAUAAAUGUCGACAUAUUUUUACAUUAUUAUUUUAAAAAAAAAAAACAAGACAUUUUCAACAAUUUUAUAAACAUUAACCGGAACUACAUAAACAUAUACAAAGAUAUUAACCUUCUUAACAACACUGAAGAACAUAAAAUUAACAACUUAUAUUAUGCAGACUAUUUUAAUGAUGAACAUAAUUAUUCUAGUUCUUACGACAAUAAUAAAAGGACGAGAAAAUUUUAA